UCAGUGUGAUGAACAGGUUAUUGCAAUAAUAAGAGACUAAAUCAAGAUUAAAUUAACAUGUUAAUCAGUGAAUUUGCGAGUUAAUUAUCAACAAUUGAUUAACAAUUAGUUUCGCUGUUACUAUGGUUACAUAAACACAUGAAUUCAAAUGUUACCCUCGUGUUGUUGUCAAGUCAUUUUCAAUCAUGUCUUCAGGUCUUAGGCAAUUGUUGAUUAAAUUUAACAAUUUAGCUAAUCCAGAUGGAUCAGCUUUAUUAUGUCAAGGUAAUACUAUUGUCCAAGCUUAUGUUUAUGGUCCAGUUGAAGUGUCCAGUUUGAAAGAGAAAUCAGAAAAAGCUUCUCUCUUUGUUAAUUUUAAACCGAAAAACUCAUGUAAUAAAUAUGAGCUUCGUAUGGAAUUAUAUGAAAAUUAUAUCCGCUCCAUUUUGGAAUCAGUGAUUUAUCUUGAUUUACAUCCUCGAACAAGUAUUUCAGUUAUAUUACAAGAGAUGCAAGAUGAUGGUUGUCUAUUGUCUACUGCUGUUAAUAGUGCUUGUUGUGCCUUAAUUGAUGCUGGUAUUCCUAUGAAAUGUAUGAUGGCUUCGGUGACUGGUUAUAUCAAUGGCGAUGACAUUAAUUUGGAUCCAUGUAAAGAGGAGAUUGAGGAAAACCCUGGAUCAUCAAUUGUGUUUACAUUUGAAAGUACCGAGAACAGAUUAAUAUCAAUCACAAAUGAUGGUGAUUUAACCAUUGAUCAGAUUAAAAACGCGAUCAAAGUGUCUUCCAUAGCAGCGACAGAGAUUAACAAUUUCUAUCACGAUUCAAUGAAGAAAAGAUUUCUAAUGAAACAAGAUGAUUAAAUAUCCAUUUGGUUAACAAAAAAAAAA